AAAUCGAAAGAAAGAAGCAAAAGAAGGAAGGGUUUUCAGAAGAGUAGAACCUAACGGCGUGCGUAAAGCAAAGACGAGACUGAACGCAAAGGCGAGCGUAUAGGAAACCUAUUCAUUUUCGAGCGUUACCAAUGGCCUUCAACAACGCACUCAGAUCCGCCGCAAAACUCAUCGCUUCUUCUGAAUCUUCCAUCUCCACCUCAGUGAGCAGAGGUUUUCAUUCAACUCCCAUGAAGAGGAUGGGGGGUGGACAUGGCCAUGAUGAGCCCUAUUAUAUUCAUGCAAAGCACAUGUACAACUUGGACAGGAUGAAGCACCGGGGGUUGAAAAUGUCCCUUGCUGUGUUCUCUGCUUUCAGCAUUGGUGUUGCAGUUCCUGUGUAUGCUGUCAUUUUCCAGCAAAAGAAGACAGCUUCUGCCUAACUCAUCUUUCGCUUCAUUUGCAACAAUAAGGUGGAUUUGGGGAUCCUAGACUAGACUAUUGGUUUUGGUGUUUAUUAUUGUUUUCAACUUUGUUUAUGUUCAACCACUAUGUGGAUUUUCCUGGUAUAUCUGAUAAUAAUCAAUUUCUAUGCACAUCUGUUUCAUGCGAUUCAUCAAUUGUUUGAUAAUUUGAUUAAUUGCAUGUUUGCAAUCAGUUCUCAUCUGUAUAUGGUAAGAAGGCCCAAAAAGCAGUAAAA